AUGCCUCCAAAAGGUUCUACCGCUAAGUCUGGAGCCACCAAGAAGAGUUCCAGCGUUCCCGAACAUCCUCCUUAUAAGGAGAUGAUCAAGGAGUCCAUCCGAGCUGUUUGUCCUCCCAUCCCCAUCCUGUCUUCCCUAAAUGCCCGAGGGGCGGGGUAUUUUAAUUAUGAUGUAUGGAUGAAAUGAUAGCUAACUUUUCUAUUAUGUAUAGCUCAAAGAACGUAAUGGGUCUAGGUUAGUUGCCUGUGAAAUAUUUGCGACACUUUGUCCGUGACGUGUUGUUGUGGUGUGGCUAACAACCUGUUCCCCCCCCCUCUCUUUCAGCCGUCCCGCUCUCAAGAAAUAUAUUCAGGCCAACUACAAGGGUGUUGCGACCGAUCGCUUCGACCAGCUCUUCAACCAGGCAUUGAAGAAAGGUGCCGAGAACAACGAAUUUGCUUUCCCCAAGGGUAUGCGUCUUGUUUGGACACCUUGCGUGACAAUGGCUAACGCGAACCGUCAGGUCCCUCUGGAACUGUCAAGCUUGUAAAGAAGGAGCCCGCCCCCAAGGUUAAGCCUGCUGCCAAGGACACCGCCAAGGUAGGCUCUUGUCCUCGCACUUUUAUCAUGACCGAUGCGAUCUAACCCCAUCCGCAGAAGGCAUCGACUGCCAAGGAGUCUACCAAGAAGACUGCCACUGCCAAGAAGCCAGCCGCGAAGAAGGCUGCUGCUCCCAAGAAGGAGAAAGCUGUCAAGGACAAGGAGGCUGCUCCCAAGAAGGAGAAGGCUACCGCAAAGGAACCCGCUAAGCCCAAGUCUAAUGCGAAGAAGCCAAGAAAGACCGCGGCCGCCGCUUCCGUGAGUCCAAUUUCGGGAAGAAGAAAAAAGGGUGACUUGACUAACACUUUAUAGGCCCCUGCGGUGACCGAGAAGUCCCCUGUUCUCACCAAGACCAAGUCCGGUCGCGUCUCCAAGGGUACCGCAGCCGCUCCAAAGGCAGGACCCAAGAAGAAGGCCGCCGCACCCAAGAAGAAAGCAACCCCAAAGAAGAAGGAAGCUCCGGCAGCUGAAGCAUAAGCUUCACGCUUCGAAACAAAUUCCUGUUUUCUUGUAAAUCUUCGUCUUUUUUAUAACCAGGGUAUAGUUAUGCAUGUUCGCCUUGUUCAAUUAUGCUCUGUUGGGGGUCUUUUAUUUCAUGAUUUGCCACGGUUUUCUUCCCUUUUCUAUCACUGUUUUCUACACACUUGGGGAUAAUGCAAGGUUCUGUUAUCUAACUUUGGGGAGGGAGAAGGGGGGGGUUAAAUCGUUUCUCAAUGCCUCCCGUCAAAGGUUUUCUUUUUUUUCUUAUUCGGGGUAGCGGAAAAACAGGGGUUUUCUCGUUCUGGGCAGUUUCUUUUUAGGGAGCUUUUCGGGUGCCUGGGAAUUUUUUGUUUCCAUCUGUAUUGUUUGUUAAAUGCUGGGGUUAUUCAAUCGGUUUUAUC